AUGGUUUGGUUGGGUUGGGACGCCAAACGAUACACAAGAAUCGGAUCAAACCAUAGAUUGAAAUCAGUGUUCAAUUGGAUUCCCAUUCAUAUACUGAUUAACACAUUGUUUUGCAUAGUCUUCAUCGGUGUCAUCGGAUCCGCACUCUAUAUCAUAAGCUUUUGGUGGCAGUCGUUGUCAUCGAUUUCACUGACAAACCUGUCGUUCACUGGAUUCAGUGGACAGUCAUCCCACGAGUCACUGGAAGAAUGGAGGGCUAAUGUGCUAAACAAUGGCCACAAAUCAGUUCGGGUGAUGAUUGACGACAAUCAGGUGUCGCCUCAGGCCACCAACUCUCUGUGCAAUCACUUCAAGUGCUUCGAUGUCUAUCGUUGUGGUAAUUACGACAAUACAAUCACUUUAACCAAUGAAGAACUCAUUAAUGUAUAUAUCUAUCCAUCGAUUGAUUUCAUUGAUUCAAACCGUAAAUCAAUUUUGAGUCCAAUUUCACGACAAUAUCGCGAACUCUUGGAAGCGAUUAUAACGAGUCCUUACUAUACAGACAAGCCUGAGAAGGCCUGUCUAUUCGUACCAAACAUUGAUUUACUCAAUCAAUUGACAGUCAAUUCACACCAAAUAUCACUCCUAUUAUCAUCCCUUCCUCAUUGGGGUCGUGGAGCCAAUCAUAUCAUCUUCAGUAUGAUUUGGGGAUCACUUCCCGCCUCUGACUCAACCACUGAUCUGAAUAUUGGCGACGCGUUGAUAGCCGGCGCCGGCUUUGACUCGUGGACUUAUAGACCAACUUUCGACGUCUCGAUUCCAGUCUUCAGUUUAUUUAGUUAUGAGUUUCAGAAUAACAAGUAUAAUGAAAAUGCUAUUCAAACCAAAGAUCGCAAAUGGUUUGUCAUUUGCACUCAAUUUGAUUCAGUGUCUGUCGGCGAUCAACAAAUACUCACAGCUCUAGAGUCUCAACACUCGGACCAAUUGAUUGUCUUAAGAAGUGAAUGCAAUCAAAGUAAACACAACAAUGAGACUCAAAUGUGCAAUCAUUACAGGAAUAUUAAACUUAUUUAUCCAAAAGUAUUGACUGAAUCGACGUUUUGUCUUAUAUUGAGAACUGUAUUCUUAGGCCAUCCUGUGCUUAGCGAUGCACUGAUGUCUGGAUGUAUUCCAGUCAUCAUUUCUGAUGAUUAUGUGCUGCCAUUUGAAGAGAAGAUUGAUUGGACGCGAGCUUCAGUGAGAAUACGUUCCCAUUCUUUGUCUGAUUUGAUGGCAAUAUUGACAUUAAUACCGGACAAGAAAAUGGACGAAAUGAGAGUUCAGACCACUUUCCUGUGGAAAACGUACUUCAGUUCAAUGAAAGCCAUCGCUUUAACUACUCUUAAGAUAAUAAACGAACGAAUUUUCCCGAAUUCUGCGGUACCGGCCGACCACUGGAAUCAAGCCAACCCUUCCCUUACCACUGAUUAUGCAAUAAUUAGUCCAAAAUUUUCGUCGCGACAAUCAAUAGGUUUUACGGCUGUUAUACUCACUUACGAUCGCUUAGAAAGUCUGUAUGAAGUGAUUAGAAGUGUAGUGAAAGCCAAGAGUUGUGUCAAAGUUGUGGUCGUCUGGAAUAAUCAGUUGAAAAGUCCGCCGCAACUCAAUAAAUGGCCGGACAUUCACAUCCCCUUACAGAUCAUCACAACCUCUGAAAAUAAGUUGAGUAAUCGCUUCUAUCCUUACGAAUGCAUCGAAACGGACGCCAUUCUAGCCAUUGAUGACGAUAUCGUUAUGUUAACCCCCGAUGAACUCGAGUUUGGAUAUCAGGUGUGGAGAGAAUUUCCCGACAGAAUAGUGGGGUUUCCGUCUCGUGUGCACCGAUGGGACAAUCGGACCGCCAAAUGGAAGUAUGAGUCCGAGUGGACUAAUGAUGUCUCGAUGGUGUUGACCGGCGCCGCCUUUUACCAUAAAUAUUACAAUCAUUUGUAUACAAACGUAAUGCCCGCUCAGAUCAAGUCAUGGGUUGACAAACAUAUGAAUUGUGAAGACAUUGCAAUGAAUUUUUUGGUAGUGUCAAAUGUGACGGCAAAGUCUCCGAUAAAAGUGACGCCAAGAAAAAAGUUCAAAUGUCCUGAAUGUACGAAUAAUGACAUGCUUUCCGCUGAUGUCAUACAGCACUUGAACCAGAGAUCCGAUUGUAUAAACCUUUUUGCAGCUAUUUAUAAGUCGAUGCCAUUAAAAGCCGUGGAAUUCAGAGCGGAUCCCGUCUUAUAUAAGGAUAAUUUACCCGAAAAACUCAAGGCAUUCAACUUAAUUGGCAGCUUAUGA